AUGUGGGUGCAGAAAGACACGUGGAGUGAAGAAGAAGACAGAAUACUAAUUGAAGCCCACAAAGACAUCGGAAACAAAUGGGCGGAGAUUGCCCGGCGGCUGCCCGGACGGACUGAAAACACCAUAAAAAACCACUGGAACGCCACAAAGCGCCGCCAAAACUCCAAGAAGCUCAAAGGGAGAGAUAGUGAUUCCAAUCCCAACGGCUCGAUGCUUCAAAAUUACAUCAAAUCGGUCACGGCCGGAGACCGCAAAAUCUCCGAUUCGCUGCCGCUGCUGGUGGACAGCCAUAGCCCUGCGGCGGAGGAGGGCGGUGGGUUUUGCUUCGGGUUCGGGUACGGAUCUGGGUCCGGGUCGGGCUCGGGGAUGGAGUGUUUGAAUCUGAUGCAGAAUGAAGAGAUGAAAUCAGAGAUGGAUCUGCUGGAGCUGAUUUGUCAGGGGAAUCUUUGA